AUGCUGUUCCGACUGCUCCUCGUCUAUUCCGCGGUUAAAACCCAUCGCUCCCGCCUCCCCGCCUUCUCCAGCCAGCAGAUUCUCGCCAUGCUCUCCGACUACGUCCUCUUCCACGUUUUCCCCGGGUUAACCGCGGUUCCCGCCGCGAAAAAAGUCGUGGAAAUGGCGCAGAAGCAGCGGAAGGGAGCCAAAUCGCGGGGAUCCGCCGAGAAUCCACGGCGGAAUCUGGACGUGCUGGAGGAGUGCGUCGAGAACGAAUCGAUCGCGAUCGAUUUGUCGAUCGCCAGUAAGAUCGACUCGUACUUGCUCAUUCUGAUAUCCCAAGUGAACGAACCGAAUGGAAACCGAAUCCCGCGACAUCAAUUGGGAUGUCUGUAUACUGCGAUGGUUGAAUUUAUCUAUGAACUAUCUCUCUAUGAACGACUGGAUAAGCAGGUCGAGGAGAAGGUUCCUAUCCCUGCUCCGAAGAUCAACGUCGCCAUCAUUAUGAUGGAUCCUCAUAAACAAUAA